ACCGUUGAAAACUGUGUGUGCAUUUUAAGGAACCUCUCAUACAGACUCGCUGCUGAAACAUCUCAGGGACAGCAAAUGGGAACUGAUGAACUUGAUGGUUUGCUGUGUGGUGAUGGCAAUGGAAAAGAUGCAGAAAGUUCAGGAUGCUGGGGCAAGAAGAAGAAGAAGAAGAAAUCUCAAGAUCAGUGGGAUGGAGUAGGUCCUCUCCCCGACUGUGCAGAACCACCAAAAGGAAUCCAGAUGCUGUGGCACCCAUCCAUAGUCAAACCCUACCUCACACUUCUCUCUGAGUGCUCAAAUCCAGAUACAUUGGAAGGGGCAGCAGGUGCACUACAGAAUCUGGCUGCAGGUAGCUGGAAGUGGUCAGUAUAUAUCCGGGCUGCUGUGCGGAAAGAAAAAGGCCUGCCAAUAUUGGUAGAGCUCCUUCGAAUAGACAAUGACCGAGUAGUGUGUGCGGUUGCAACAGCUUUACGAAAUAUGGCCUUAGAUGUCCGAAACAAGGAGCUGAUAGGCAAGUAUGCCAUGCGGGACCUAGUUCAUCGGCUUCCAGGAGGUAACAACAGUAACAGUUCAGCAAGUAAGGCCAUGUCGGAUGACACUGUUACUGCCAUUUGUUGCACCUUACAUGAAGUCAUCACAAAAAACAUGGAAAAUGCCAAGGCCUUACGGGACGCAGGAGGAAUUGAAAAGCUUGUUGGCAUUUCCAAGAGUAAAGGAGACAAGCACUCACCAAAAGUAGUGAAGGCAGCAUCUCAGGUCUUAAAUAGCAUGUGGCAGUACAGAGACCUGAGAAGUCUCUACAAGAAGCGGGUGGCCCCAGACUUCAGAGUGGCUGAGGACAGAGGAUUUUCACCUACCCAUCAUUCUGAGUCAUGGCACGCUCAGCAUACCCUCUCCCAGAACCAAGAAACCAGAAUCUAUUCCCAGACCCAGGAUGGAUGGUCACAGUAUCACUUUGUAGCCUCAUCAUCAACAAUAGAGAGGGAUCGGCAAAGGCCGUACUCUUCAUCACGUACGCCUUCUAUCUCUCCAGUGCGCAUGUCUCCCAACAAUCGUUCAGCAAGUGCCCCAGCCUCACCUCGAGAAAUGAUCAGUUUGAAGGAAAGAAAAACAGACUAUGAGUCCACUGGAACAAAUGCUACUUACCAUGGAAAUAAAGGAGAACACACUUCAAGGAAAGACACAAUGACAGCUCAGAACACUGGAAUCUCUACUUUGUACAGAAACUCUUAUGGUGCACCUGCUGAAGAUAUUAAACACAACCAGGUUUCAACACAGCCAGUUCCACAGGAGCCCACUAGAAAGGAUUAUGAACCGUAUCAGCCAUUUCAGAAUUCAACCAGAAACUAUGAUGAGUCCUUCUUUGAGGACCAAGUGCAUCACCGCCCACCUGCAAGCGAGUAUAAUAUGCAUCUGGGACUCAAGUCCACUGGCAACUACGUCGACUUCUAUUCAGCUGCUCGGCCCUACAGUGAACUCAAUUAUGAAACAAGUCACUAUCCAGCAUCUCCAGAUUCCUGGGUUUGAGAUUCGGGCAAGACAAACAGCUCCAGGAACUGUGCAUGUGCAUGCAUACCACGAGACAUUCCUUUCCUGCAAAUUUAGUUUGUUCAAGCCUGUUCCAUAGGAAGGCCCUGAUAAUCAUUGUGGAAAAUAUAAGAUACUUUUAGAUGGCUAAAAGAAUUGGAAGUUAAGCACGGGAGUGUCACUAGAAAGGGGGAAAUGUAUAUCUAUUUCUGUAUCUAUAUUAUCCUAUCUCUCUAUAUAUAGAUAUAGAAAUAUAUUGCGUGGGAUGAGGCAGCUUUACAGUUGACCUUGUAUGUAGAGUUUAAAAUAAAUUGUGCUGUAAAUUGAAUGUGGCUGAAGGAAAUAGGGGAAGGUAACAGCUGAUGUGGGUCCAGAGUUAAGCACAAGAAAACGAACAGUUUACAAUCCUUAUGGGGGACAGCUUCUCACACUUUGUUUCCUCUCCUCAUCCAUUGUGAAUCUAGGCUUCAAGUUGCAUUCGGGGUUUCCUCUGUACAGCAAGAUGUUUCUUGCCUUUUGUUAAUGCAUUGUUGUAAAGUAUUUGAUGUACAUUACAGAUUUAAAGAGAGAGAUAGAGAGAAAGAAAGAAAAGAAAAGAAAGAAGUUCAUUGUGUAUAUUACACCAAUGCCACAGUGUUUCUUCAUCUAUGGUUCUAAAUAUUGCUUCAAUUUCAAAACUUUGAAAUAUGUAUGAAUUUCCAGGGGUGGGGGAGGGACUGUUUUUUUUUCUGUUUUUUUUUCCUUUUCUUUUUUUUUUCUUUUCUUUCCCCUGUGCAUUUUAACAAGACAAAACAAAAACGGAAUAUUUAGCAGUAUUGUUCGUUCUGAUAUGUGAAUUUGUUUGUGGCAACUAAAAAAAAAAGGCAUUCAGCAGUUUCUGACAAUUAACAUUCAUCAUUCCACACUCCUUGUCAACAAAGUGCUUUUUCACUGCCUAAAAUUUUAGAUGUAGAUAUUUGAAAUAGAUUUUUUCAUUUAUACCAGUUUUCUUUAUGAUGAUACAGUGUUAAAAGAAAAUAAAUUACAAUUGAUCUGUCAUCCAUAUCUGCUAAGAAUGUCUAUUUCCAAUAAUCUUCCAUCAAAAUACACAUUCUUGCUUGUGUGUGUGUGUGUUUGUGUGUAUAUAUGUCCCCAUGUAUGCAUCAUAUUCACAGUGUAUAUUUCCGUGUAUGUCUGUGCAGCCGUAUGUCAUCUCAGUGUUGCCAGACAUGACCAAAUUGUCAUCUGUGUGCCUUCACCAGAAGCAUGAGAUCUUUCACACUCCUAUACACUAAUAAGCAUGCAUUCAGGGCUGCUUGGUGCAGCAGUAAUUUUGGUAGCAGGUAGUUCUGAGGAAAAGGCACCACGGUAGUCGCUCCCUACAAUGUCAACAAAAGUGUGAAUGGAAAUAUUUAUGGAUGUGUUGGUGGAGGAGAGAAUAUUUUUCUCUUUAGUGUUGUACAUUCCCCAACUGGUGAAGGGGAGCUACUGUACAAUCCUGAGCCUUGAAAGUGGUGUGUAUAUAUAAAGAAAAGAAAAAAAGGGGGGUAUAUAUACCAAGGGCAGCUGUUUGUGGUGAAAAGGGCUUCUUUUUCUCUCAGUUUAUCUAGGUAAAUUGUUUGUUGCCAUCAUGCUGCUUAGGGAAGGGAAGAUUUUACCACAAAAGAAGAAGAAGAAGAGCAGGAGGAGGAGGAGGAGAAGCUCAUUGAGCAGAGUGCUUCCUUUCUGUCACAUUAGGUGUGGAGGACUGUAGAUACCUGUGAGGGUGCUGCUGCUUGAGGUGAAGAACUUUUAAGCAAUGUAGUCUCUGUGUUCCUCUCUUCUUCUCCUCCGCCCUUUUCCGGUUCAGUUCCAACAUAUUGAGGGGGAAGGGUUAACCCAAAGAUUUUGAGUCUGAGGUACAAGGAUUCCAACAGCUAAUCUGGCAACACUGUUCCACCCAUUGCAAACUUUCUUCAGACUGUAUAUGUAUGUUCAGAUUUUCCUUUACAGUGGAAACUCCAUAAUCUGUUCCUCCUUCAUUAUUGUGAGCUGACCAUUAGUGACUCACACAAUUGUCCAGUCCAAAACACAGAAUCUUUCUUUUUCAUUCUUGAAUUGCAGACCCUUUCAAAAGUUCCAUCACUGUUUCCCAGUGAAAAGAGAGAAAUUCUGUAAGUACCAGUGCAGAGGUAAAUUCCUGAAUAAUUCCUUUCCCAUUUACGUCAAGUUUUAGGAAUAUCUCCAAAUUAUAGCCAAAUUAUAUGCAUAAGGUGAACUUUGCCAGACCAUUAAGAUUUGGCCCUACGUCCCAUAAGGUACUGGCUACAAGCUGUGAUCAUGUGGAGCCCUGAAUUAUGUAGGUCUGUCCACCAGUGUGAAUUGAUAUUCCUGGGCCAACUCCUAGCUCAGUCUUGAGACUGAGCCCAUCUCCCAGCAGAAGGAAAACCUGUAGCGAACUAAUCUUGCAGAAUUGUGUGGCUGGCCACGAAACAAUUACAUGGAAUUUUAAAAAGAAAUGAGAAUAGUAAAUUGACUUAAGCCAGUCUUAUCCAAUUCCAUGCACACACACGGAGAGACACACACAAAGAGACACAGAUAUACCCCACUUGUAAAAAGCACCAAUCAUCUAUAGACAUUUUAAAAUUAGGUCUCACAGAAGCCUUGGGAAACAACAUGUAUAUAUUUAAGUGCAACAGAGGAAGUUGCAAUAUACCGUUUGGAGAGGAGGGUUUGGGUACAUUAUGUGAUAGUCACUGGUAAGUAUAAAACCACUCUUAUACCAUUUUUACAUUUUAUAACAUUCACUGUCACUUGAUACUAAUUCAGUCUUUGCACAAGCAGUCUGCAGAUUUCAUACCUGCAAUAUCUUGGAUACAACAAGGAAUGGAGAAGAGUAUGAUCUUUGCCAGGAGAACUGAUAUACAAUAAUCCUUGGUGAAUCAAAUACUGUGAGGCAAACCAAAAUGGCAGAAGAAUCUGAUAUUCAAGUGCAAGGCAUAUACAGCUUAGUUGCUGUAAGCUAUAGUAUCAUGAUGCUAUUGUGAAAAAGACAACAUUAAUAUUACCCUCAUUUUCUAGUAACUGAUGGUCACGUAAUUGGACUUCCCGGAAAGAGUUCUGUUGUUAAUUAUAUAGGUUUCAGACUACAUGUUGGUUUAAGAAACAGAUAAUGUUUUUAAACAGUGAUAAUUGUUUUCCCUUUGCCUGAUCUUUUAUCAUCAAGGUGAGAACAUGUUUCACAAUUACUACCUUAGUAGAACAAAAAUAAGCAUAUGCAGUUAAUAUUUUCAGGCAAACCUUUACAGGCUAUAACAACCAAAUGUCUGUCCUAUUAUAUAAACCGGGGGGGGGG